AUGCCCACCGUUAUUUGGCGAUCUAAGAAUAAAUUCUCUUUAACUUUACAUGGCCUUCAACCGACGCCAAUAAACCUCCUGCAACCGAUCACACCGAACCAACACACGCAACCGAACCAGCAACCGAAACCGGCAACCAAGCUCGGAGCCACCUGGGCCGACUCUCGUAUCAAUAUUGACGUAGACAACCUUCUUGGCCCACGUUCCCCCCGAAACCCACUGCCCCCCACAAUCAACCAGCUCAAGUCGACCCCCACGAGCCCGGCACACACCCCAAACACCACCCAAAUACCCCCCAACCCCACAUGGCAGCUCAACAAUAACUUUGCCAGCUUCCCUCCAAUUAAUAAUAUCAAUAACAAUGUCUUCAACCAAGACAACCUGCUGCAA